AAUGGAGGCGAACUUCCUCCCUAAUAAAAGACUCAAGCUAUUCCAACCUUGAGUUUUCGGGAACGAAAGCUCUUAACAAUUGAAAGCGCAACUGUGGAAAGGGGCCCUGUCCAGCCUCAUUGGUUCUGCGCCUGGAGGUUUUAGUUUUUAUUUCACCGUUGCUUUUUAUCUUUCUGUAACCCACUUCCUCUUUACCUUUGUUCCCCCAACACCCUCUCCCUAGCGUCUCUCCAGCCUCUUUGUUUUCCUUUCUGUAAUAGGGACUGAAGCCAAGGAGUGCCAAGAAACCGCUCUAGCACCGAGCCAUCUUUUUAUUCCCGCCCCUACCUCAGUAGUUUCUCUCUUUUUAGAAAUAGGACCUGGACCUUGAUCGAUAGCUGGGACUGGCACUGACGCCUUCUCUUGUUUCUGCCACCUCUGAAGUGUCCUGAUUACAGCCACGCGCCACUGGCUCCCCCCCGGGGGGGGGGAGGGGUUUGUUUUGAAACAGGGUUUUUCUCUGCUUAGCCCCGGUUAUCCUGGAAGUCAGUUGACCAGACUAACCUUGAACUCCAGAGACCCACCUGCCUUGGCCUCCGGGAGUGCUGGGAUUAAACUGGUUUUAAAGACGUGUACUACUACCGCCUGACCCUUUUUACUUCUUGUUUUUUGUUUGUUUUUUCGAGACAAGGUUUCUCUGGGUAGCCCUGGCUGUCCUGGCACUAGCUCUGUAAGCCAGACUAGCCUCAAACUCACGAGAUCUGCCUGUCUCUGCCACCCAAGUGCUGGGAUUAAAGGCGUGCGCCACCACCGCCUGGCUGACCCUUUUUACUUUUUAAGACGAAGCUCUCACUAAGUUUACCCAAGCUGACCUAAAAUUCAUUGUUCACUCCGUAGUCCAGCCAGGCCUUGAAUUUUACUAGUCUCCUGCCUCAGCCUCCCUGAGUGGCUGGAACCACAGUCCUAAACCAGCUGGCCUAACUUGCGUGUGUCUCUCACUCCGUCUCUUUGUUUUUCUCUCGGCUUCUGGCAAUCUCUGUCUCUUCCAGUUUGUCUCUCCCCGCCCCCGUGUGUCUCACACGCACACGCCCUCUUCUCAGUCUCUGCCCUUGUCAAUUGUCCCUGGAGCCCUGCCCCCACUUCUGCCCCAGUUCCCUUCCCGACUGUCUUCAACCUUUGAAAACUACUCAGACGCCCCACUACCAUCACCACCUGUCAGUCUUAGACUACCUCCUGAGAGGGGCUGGGGUUGCCCGCCAGCCAAGUUCAGGCACAUUCAGCAAAAUAACCAGCAGAGGGGCGGAAGGGGCCUAGAACCCGGCGGGCGGGGCUACGCCGCGGGGGCGCGUCCGGGAAGCUCCCUUGGCCACGCCCAGGCGGAAAGAUCUAUAAAAGGCAAAGCUCUCGCUGCGGGCCACAGCCAGACUUUGCGGCCCGACUUUCGGUCUUCUCUCCAUGGCCAUUCGCGCCACCAUGGAUCUCUCUGCCAUCUAUGAGAGCCUCCUGUCGCUGAACCCUGACCUCUCAUCCGACCACGGAGGGACUGAGCCCUCAGCACUUUGGAGCAUAAACUCAUCUGACUCCGUCCCGUCUGGGGUCACUUCUCGCCUGACUGGCCGCUCCACCAGCCUGGUGGAGGGCCGAAGCUGUGGUUGGGUACCCCCACCCCCUGGUUUCGCACCCUUGGCUCCCCGCCCGGGCCCUGAACUGUCACCCUCACCUACUUCGCCUACUGCAACUCCCACCACCUCCUCUCGAUACAAGACUGAGCUCUGUCGGACCUACUCAGAGAGCGGGCGUUGUCGAUACGGGGCUAAGUGCCAGUUUGCCCACGGCCUGGGUGAAUUGCGCCAGGCCAAUCGCCAUCCCAAGUACAAAACGGAACUCUGCCACAAGUUCUACCUCCAGGGCCGUUGUCCCUAUGGCUCUCGAUGCCACUUCAUCCACAACCCCAACGAGGACCUGGCUGCUCCGGGCCAGCCCCACGUGCUUCGCCAAAGCAUCAGCUUCUCAGGCUUGCCCUCAGGCCGCAGAACCUCACCACCACCACCUGGCUUUCCCGACCCUUCCCUGUCCUCAAGCUCCUUCUCGCCCUCCAGCUCCCCACCACCACCUGGGGACCUUCCGCUUUCCCCCUCUGCCUUCUCUGCUGCCCCCGGGACCCCUGUGACUCGAAGAGACCCUAUUCCAGCCUGUUGCCCCUCCUGCCGAAGGUCUACCCCUAGCACCAUCUGGGGGCCCUUGGGUGGCCUGGCUCGGAGCCCGUCUGCACACUCCCUGGGAUCCGAUCCUGAUGAUUAUGCCAGCAGCGGUAGCAGCCUGGGUGGGUCAGACUCACCCGUCUUUGAGGCUGGGGUGUUUGGGCCUCCCCCGCCCCCUGCACCCCCAAGGCGUCUCCCCAUCUUCAAUCGCAUCUCCGUCUCUGAGUGACAAAUGCCUACCCAGUAUGGAUCAGCUAGAUCUCAAGGAGGGUGGCGCUUAUUGCUGUGGGGACCUAGGGAUCCUCCUAAAUUAGUAAGUGCCUCCUCCCUGACAUUCCAGAAAGCAUUAACCCUCCCCUGGUGCUGCGCUGGGGCAGGUCCCUAGUUCGCAAGCUCAGUGUUUGGAUUGCUUCCCAGGAUCCCUAAGAUGUAGCGUAUUUGAGGGACAUAGUUGACAGUUGGUCUUGGGUUGUUUCUGAGAGAGGCACUGGUGUGUGGCCCUGGCUGUCCUUGAACUCUAGUAAAUCCUUAGCUUCCCAGUUGCGGAGUUAUCUAGGUGUGCACCGGCCCCUCCCCAACUCUGGUUUCCUGGAAUCGGAAAGUGCUGUGAAGAGCUGGCUCCCACAACCCCAUCCCAGUUUUUACUAGACCCCGAGGUUCCACGUUCAGUGUCUGGUGGUUGAAUCCUCCCCUGAGGGAGAAUCCUGGUGCUCAAAUUUCCCUCCGAAAGAAAAUAGCCAAAGCCAUUGCCAAAUCCCUUACCCAACCAGUGGACCCUUUAUUUAUGACGACUUUAUUUAUUGUAAUAAGAUUUUAUAGUAUUUAUAUAUAUUGGGUCGUCUACUUCGUUUCCCUUUUUGUAAUAUUAAAAUGGAUACUGUAUAAAGUAUACUAUAAUAUAUUAAGUAAUAUAUUGUUACCUUACAGGUCUAUUUUUGUGGAUUUUUGGAAUUUUUAAAUAAAAUCUUGAGUGUGAGCUGA